AUGGCUGGGUUGAAGCCCCAGAUCUGUCCAGGGCUGACACUGCCCAAGGUGAAGGGAAGGUGUGCUCCAGCACUGGCCGGCUUCUUCUUCCUCCUGUCGGUGGCUAUGAUCGGCUGCUUUCUGUGGCAGUACCACCUCCGGAAGGCAGGGCUCGGUGCCUCUGUCAUGGAAGUGACCUCAGAAACUGUGAGGAUGUGUCCCCGUUAUCCAGAACCCGUGCCCCUAGAGCAUCCCCUCCCUGUGUUGAAGGAGGCCCUGGAGAAGGUGGACAAAAUUCUGCGGCAAACUGCCUCGGGCCUCAAGGCCAUGUCUGCUGUGGUGAUUUACAAUGACACUGUGCUGUGGACUGGGAACUUUGGCAGGAGGAAUGGCUCAGACAGGGCCUCAGGGCCCCCCAGCGAAUAUACCAUCUACCGGAUUGCCAGCAUCUCCAAGAUCUUCCCCACGCUCAUGCUGUACCGUCUGUGGGAGGAAGGCAUAGUAGUGUCCCUGGAUGACCCCCUUGAGCGUUAUGCCCAAGGCUUCAGGAUCAAAAACCCACUUGGAGCAGGGCCGCGCCCCGUCUGGGAAAGCCUGAUGGAUGGGCUGGAGAAGGGGGCCCCACCCCUCAAACCUACGACAGUAACGCUCCGAAGAAUGGCGAGUCAGCUUUCAGGGCUACCCAGGAGACUCCGCUCAACCACCCUGCUGUGGCGGGGAAGCACAGAGGAUGCCCUGGCUCUCCUGAAGGAUGACGUCCUGGUGGCUGACCCUGGAACCAGAAGUCUCUGCUCUUAUUCCAGGUGUCAUUACAGCACUCUGGCCUUCUCCCUGCUGGCCCACGUGUUGGCCAGGCACACCAACAACGGGGACUACCAGCAGUGGGUGUCUGAGAAUAUCCUGGAUCGGCUGGGGAUGGAGGACACAGGCUUUGACCUUGUGCCCUGGGUGCAGGCCCGGAUGGCUUCAGGCUUCUAUGGCAGUGGGCAUCCAGCCCCACUCUAUGACCUUGGCUGGUACCGCCCCUCUGGUCAGAUGUAUUCCACACCUGCUGACUUGGCCAAGCUGGCAAUGGUGCUCCUUGGAAGUGCCCCCCAGGGUGUCUUGGCACCAGAUACGCUUAAGACCAUGCUGACUCCUCUCCUCACCUGUCCUGGGACCUACUUUGCCAACCAGACAGGCACACCAUGGGAAUUCCACGCCCAGCGGGGAUAUAGCAUUGUCCGGAAGGACGGGGACCUGGAUGGCUACGCGGCUACCUUUUCCCUGGUCCCUCAGCUGAAGCUCAGCUUCAUUGUGCUCAUGGCUGGGCCCCGUCCGCCUGGGCUGGACCUGGUGACCCAAGUGUAUGAUAUCCUCAUCCCCGCCAUGGAGAUAGCCUUCCGGGAAGUUGAGGGGAGCCUGGCACCACCGCCUACCCCUGGCCCUUACUUGGGCUUCUACACCUAUGCCAACCUUACCUUCUAUGAGAUCCUCCUAGGGCCCUCAGGGGUCCUUUGCAUGCGGCAGUUUGGACCCCAAGUGGAGAAGCUGAUCCCAGCCAAGUUCCAGACCCUGAAGCUGCAUCACCUGCAGGGCCGGGUCUUCCAGGUGGUUGUGGACAAAGAGUUCCCCUGUGUCCUGCCCCUGGGGGCAGCCUGGCUUCCCUUGGAGACUCAGCAUGGCCAGCUCCUCAACUUUUAUCCCUUUGACCAGAGGGGGCUCUCACCAGGCUUUGAUGUUCCUGGCUUGAACACGUACAAAGUCCUUCGGAUGGCUCAGAAACCUGUCUUCCAUACUUCAGUUUGA